GUGUGCGGUGUAUUCCUUAACGCUCGGUGCUGAAGUCUGCGGGAUCGAGAAAGGCUUCUCGUCUCGUAUAUCCGGGAGCCGGGGCUCUGGAUUACUGUCUCCGGGCUGAAGAUAUCACUUUCCUAUUGGCUAAAAACAAGGAAUUUAUCUACGGGAAUUUCGAACACAACAUGCCAAUUUUGCUGUCUCUGUCCAGAUAUUUAAGAAGUGGAGCAAGGGAUUCACUCGAUCAUCCUUCCUGCUCAGGCUGUGGGGAGGGAUUCACUUGGUCAUCUGACCGACUGGCAAAGCGGAAAUUUUACACGGGGAGAGGCCGUUCAUUUGCUCAGACUGUGAGAAUGGAUUCAGUGGGUCUUCUCAACUGAAUGUACAUCAGCAAGUUCACACUGGACAAGGCCAUUCACCUGUUCUGUGAGUGAGAAGGGAUUCAGUCGUCUUCCCACCUGUGGACACACCAAUCAGUUCACACUGGGCAGAGGCUGGUCAUCUGCUGAAUUUGUGGGGAAGGAUUCACUCGGUCAUCUGACUUCAUGGAUCACCAGCGAGUUCACACUGAGGAGCGGCCAUUCACCUGCUCAGACUGUGGGAAGGGAUUCACUUCGUCAUCUCAACUGAAGGUACAUCAGCGAGUUCACACUGGGGAGAGGCCGUUCAACUGCUCAGACUGUGGAAAGGGAUUCACACAGUUAGCUAACCUACAAGCACACCAGUCAGUUCACACUGGGGAGAGACUGUUCUCUUGCUUAGACUGUGGGAAGGGAUUCAAUUCAUCAUCUAAACUGAAAGUACAUCAGCAAGUUCACACUGGGGAGAGGCCAUUCACCUGCUCAGACUGUGGGAAGGGAUUCACACAGUUAGCUAACCUACAAGCACACCAGUCAAUUCACACUGGAGAGUGGCCGUUCAAAUGCUUAGAAUGUGGGAAGGGGUUCAUUCGGUCAUCUCAACUGAAGGUACAUCAGUCAGUUCACUCUGGAGAGAGGCCAUUCACCUGCUCAAACUGUGGGAAGGGAUUCACUUUGUCAUCUCAACUGAAGGUACAUCAGCGAGUUCACACUGGGGAGAGGCCGUUCACCUGCUCAGACUGUGGGAAGGGAUUCACACAGUUAUCUGGCCUGCAAGCACACCAGUCAGUUCACACUGGCGAGAGGCCGUUCAACUGCUCAGACUGUGGUAAGGGAUUCACACAGUUAUCUAGCCUGCAAGCGCACCAUUCAGUUCACACUGGCGAGAGGCCAUUCACCUGCUCAGUCUGUGGGAAGGGAUUCACUCUAUCAUCUUGCCUACUGACACACCAGUCAGUUCACACUGGAGAGUGGCCAUUCACCUGCUCACACUGUGGGAAGGGAUUCACUCGGUCAUCUCAACUGAAGGUACAUCAGCGAGUUCACACUGGGGAGAGGCCAUUCACCUGCUUGGACUGUGGAAAGGGAUUCACUUCGUCAUCUCAACUGAAAGUCCAUCAGCGAGUUCACACUGGGGAGAGGCCGUUCACUUGCUCAGACUGUGGGAAGGGAUUCACUCAGUUAGCUACUCUACAAGCACACCAUUUAGUUCACACUGGGGAGAGGCCAUUCAACUGCUCAGACUGUGGGAAGGGAUUCACUCGGUCAUCUCAAUUGAAGGUACAUCAGCGAGUACACACUGGGGAGAGGCCAUUCACCUGCUCAGACUGUGGGAAGGGAUUCACACAGUUAGCUGGCCUACAAGCACACCAGUCAGUUCACACUGAGGAGAGGCCGUUCACCUGCAUAUUCUGUGGGAAGGGAUUCACUCAAUCAUCUCAAUUGAAGGUACAUGAGCGAAUUCACACAGGUGAGAGGCCAUUCACCUGCUCAGACUGUGGGAAGGGAUUCACUCGGUCAUCUCGCCUACUGACACACCAGUCAGUUCACACUGGAGAGAGACCGUUAACCUCCUGUUAAUGUGGGAAUGUAUUCACUCAGUCAUCUAUCCUUAUGUAACU